CCGUUUCGUUUGCUGGCGCAGGGCUCCAGUUUUGCUUCAAGGAUGUGGCCUCAGACACAAGAUUGUUUCUGGGGUAUAUGACGUAGCCCAUACUCAUAGAGAAUUUGCUUUUGUCCGCUUUGGCCUUGCAUCGCUUCUGGAAUCUGUAAUGUAUGUAGACUGCUGAUUUUUAAAAUCAACAAAGAGGUUUUACACAUGGUUUUGCAAUCGACAUGGGUGGGGGUUAUGAAUCAAGAUUCUACAGAAUUACAGGCUCCAAAAACAUGUCGUGCGGCCCCAUGUGAAGCAGCUGCUCGGCUCCGUACCAUCUUUUGGCUCGAGACAGGCCUGUCAGGGAGGCGUUGAGCUGCCAAUGUGCAGCUGCUCAGCCCAGGGGCUUGGACGAAGCUUGUCCCAGCCGCAGGGCCUUGGACGCUUCUUCUUUCCGGCAGACUGUGGGGGGCGAAGACCCGACGGUUUCCGGCGGCGGCAGAGCCAAGACAGCCAUGGUGUGUUGCCGGAACUUUCAACUCCCCAGCUUGUCCGAGCUCUUCGGGUGGGGAACAAAGAGUCGGCCCAUGGAGUUUCAAAGCCCCGUGGGUGAGGGGCUGCUGGCCUUCUAUUACCCAGGCUAUAACACACCUGCAGAUGAGGUUUGUCAGGCCUGGAGUGUGACAAGGUCAUGCUGUUUCACAAGCCCAAAAGUGAACCUCAUCCCCAUCCAAAGCCGUUUGAACUGCCUGGUAGGAUUUGGAUUUGGUGCUUUUCGUAUUGAUGUUCUGUACAGGUCGGGCGAACAAAUCCCUCAGGCCGCAUUCCUGGGGAACUUUUAUGCAAGACCCUUGGAGAUCCGACAUGCUGCAAAGCCUGAGAUGGUGUCCUUUGAGAAUGCCGAGGCAGCUUUCCAAUGCUUGAAGCACUGGGACAAGAAGGAGCUCUUCCAGAAAGCCUCUGCCGAGGAAGCCUAUAAAUUGAAUCGGAAGUCACAAGGAGAAAACCAAUGUGACUGGACCUACGCGGGCUAUGGCUCUAAUUGGGCAGGAAUGCGUCAUGUUCUUCAGCAAAAGUUCCAAGAUGAAGAGUUGCGCCAGAUGCUGCUGGCCACCGAGAACGCCUUUCUCUUGGAGCACAAUCCCAAGCAUGGGCGUGAUACAGUGUGGUCCAACAACAAUGAUGGCACUGGCCAGAAUUGGCUCGGUCUUCAAUUGAUGUGGUUGCGCGAAGACUUGCGUGGAGGUUCGGGCGAUUGGGCCAACUGGCUGAGGCAGCAUGUGGACUUCUCCACCGGCGCUAUGCUCCCGGACUCCGAGUGGCCCAAGGUGGUGAAGAGGGCGACCGAGGCGACGCUUCAGGCGUUGGCAGAAGCAAGCUGAAUCCUGAGAUGUCCUGCAGAUCGAACUGACGUGCGGGC